AUGCCUCUCUACAACGUCACCCUCAAGAAGGACGCUCCCCAGGAGCAGCUCGAGAAGGCCAAGCAGCAAGCAAGAGAACAAGGUGGAACCAUCCAGCACGAGUACAGCCUCAUCAAGGGCUUCACCGUCGAGUACCCGGCUGACCACGUCAACGCCCUCCAAACUACCGAGCACAUCCAUGUUGAACAGGAUGGUGAAAUCCGGACCCAGUAA